GUGGCAGCACUGGCUCCGCCUCAGUUUCCUGCCUCUCAGUCCUUGGCUGCCGUGGCAACGGGCGCCAGGCUACCUUUGGUCCACCUCACCCGAAGAUGCUGCAGGAGGCAGGGGACAGAGAGGCCACAGGAAACUAUGCCCCAGACAUCUGUGGUCUUCUCCGGUAUCCUUGGGCCCGGUGGUAGCGGACAGGUGCAGCCCGGCAUGGGGGAGAGGGGCAGUGGCGCUGGGGACCUCAUCUUCCAAGACGGACGCCUUGUCUCCGGGUCCUUGGAGGCCUUGAUGGAGCACCUGGUCCCCACUGUGGACUACUACCCUGAUGCCACGCCCCCACUGACCAGCCCUGCCCUUGCCAUGCGAGCCAUGCCCCCCGCCGGCUGGGCUUUCUCUGCCACACGAAGCCCCCAUUCCUCAGCUGGGCUCCACCCCGCAGGCCUCUGGGUCGUCCUGGGGCACAAGAGGACAUUCAUCUUCACCUUCCUGCUGACCUCCCGAGUCUUCAUGCCCCCGCAUGACCUGCUGGCCCGCGUUGGGCAGAUCUGCCUGGAGCAGAGGCAGCAGCUGGAGCCUGGGCCUGAGAAGGCCAAGCUGAAGUCCUUCUCCGCCAAGAUCGUGCAGCUCCUGAAGGAGUGGACAGAGGCCUUUCCCUAUGACUUUCAGGAUGAGAAGGCCCUUGGCGAGCUCAAGGCCAUUGCGUACCGCGUCACCCAGUGUGAUGAGGAGAAUGGCACAGUGAAGAAAGCCAUCACACAGAUGAUCCAGAGCCUGCUGCUGUCCUUGGCUGCCCGGAGCCAGCUUCAGGAGCUGCGGGAGAAGCUGCGGCCACCAGCUGUGGACAAGGGGCCUGUGCUGAAGGCAAAGCCGCCGGCAGCACAGAAGGACAUCCUGGGCGUGUGCUGUGACCCCCUGGUGCUGGCCCAGCAGCUGACCCAUAUUGAGCUGGAGAGGGUCAGCAGCAUUCACCCUGAGGACCUGAUGCAGAUCAUCAGCCACACAGAUUCGCUGGACAACCACAGGCCAGGGCCCUCGGAACCUGUGACCUGCCUUACCCUUCAGUGCCGAGGAGACGUGGCCAAGACUUACAGCCUUGAGGCCUAUGACAGUUGGUUCAACUGCCUGAGCAUGCUGGUGGCUACCGAAGUGUGCCGGGUGGUGAAGAAGAAGCACCGGACCCGCAUGCUGGAGUUCUUCAUCGAUGUGGCCCGUGAGUGCUUCAACAUCGGGAACUUCAACUCCAUGAUGGCCAUCAUCUCUGGCAUGAACCUCAGUCCUGUGGCACGGCUGAAGAAGACGUGGUCGAAAGUCAAGACGGCCAAGUUUGACGUCCUCGAGCACCACAUGGACCCAUCCAGCAACUUCUGCAACUACCGCACGGCCCUGCAGGGCGCUACGCAACGGUCCCAGACGGCCAACAGCAGCCGAGAGAAGAUCGUCAUUCCUGUGUUCAACCUCUUUGUCAAGGACAUCUACUUCCUGCACAAAAUCCACACCAACCACCUGCCCAACGGACACAUCAACUUCAAGAAGUUCUGGGAGAUCUCCCGGCAGAUCCACGAGUUCAUGACCUGGACGCAGGUGGAGUGCCCCUUCGAAAAGGACAAAAAGAUUCAGAGCUACCUGCUCACAGCACCCAUCUACAGUGAGGAAGCUCUCUUCAUCGCCUCCUUUGAGAGUGAAGGCCCCGAGAAUCACAUGGAGAAGGACAGCUGGAAGGCCCUCAGGACCACGCUGCUUCACAGAGCCUGAGUGGGUCGCCUGCACCUGCACCUGCGGACGCCAAGACGCUCACGUGUGCGCUGUCUCAGUGGAUGUGGGUUGAGACCAGGAGGCCUCACUGGUUGGGGUCCAUUUUGUAUAUAACUUUUAUGAAAAAGAAAAUGGUAAUUAUUUCAUGCAUCAACCUUUGGCACUUACAAAGAUUUUUGUUUAUUUUGAGUAACAGGGCAGGGCCCUGCUUUGGGGAGGGGUGGGGAAAGAGUAUCAAGGGAGAUGGUAUCCACGAUAGCAUCUUCUAAUGAAAUGUAGAGUUUUAUUUUCUACUUUGAUUAUGAACAUCUUAUGAGAAAAUAUUUAGAAAAACCCAACCAAAAGCAGCAGCGUGAGCCCUGCCUGCUCGAACGCCUUCCCAGCCAGUCUCUGAUGUCAGGUUAGUGCCUUACAGGGUACUGGGGUCCGGUCUUUCUGCUCGAGCUCUGCCCUGGCAGCAGCUCCUGGGGAGGGGCUGGGGCGGCCGGAGGGUGGCAAGCCUUUGAUGCAGGCUUUCCAAAGUUUACAUUUUCAUUUUCUUUAUCAGGGAUUUAGGGGUCAGGGAGGGCAAAGGGAUGGCCUGGCAGUGUGUUUUCUGUGAGACUGCAGCUUGCAGAUUCUUUAAUUGCAUUUUGGAAAAGAACAAAUGUAAAACAACAGGGGAGUGAGUCCUGGCCUCCCGUUAGGGAGUUUAACUGAAAAGCACCCUGGGCUGUCAUGAGAUCAGAGUAGACUUGGGGAAGGUGAUGUUCAAAGCUGCUCCUGAAACCCCGCAGAGGGACGAGGAGCCCCAUUGGGUGUGUGUGCAGUGGCCAGUGCACACAGUCAGAACCCAAAGAUAGCCAGUCAAGUCUGCUGGAGUCCUUUCCAUGAAACUGCCCAAUCGGGACGGGUCCGCAUGCCCACCUGAGGCACCCACCCGUGUCUCACGAUGACCCAGCACGAGCCCUGGGUCAGUGGCGCUGUCACCCACGGCGACUGUCUCCCCCGGAGCACCUUGCCCUGCCCUCUCCUGGCUCUGAGGGCCUGAGCUGCACGUGCCCGGGUGUCUGCACUUUCCUGCCCAUGGGACGGAUUGCACAGGACAGUGCAUACUGCUCUGUUUACGCUUUGGGAUAAGAAAGGCUCAAAUUGAGAAUAUAUAUUUGGAUACAAAGUUAGAACAUUUCCCUGUGUGUUGAGGAGCCUUCAUGUCAGUGUGUGCUUGGUCUCAGUUCCAGUACUUGGAACAGUGUCCAUGUUUGCUACUUUCCUUUCCUGAUUUGAUACAUAGCCUAACUUUGAUGUUUUGGUCUCUGGAGAUGAUCUCUGAGUAUAAAGCUGUACCAUAAUGCAGGAUGUCAAUUUAGGUGUGAUUGGUCAUACUUGCAUCAAUAAAAGAACACGUUGUUCCCCA